GAUAGCGGUAGUAGCAACAUGAUAAAUCCCCCAUUGUUGAAGAGAGAGAAAUUGAGUGUUACCGAAAUCGAAACCCUAGAUCGGAUUAGUCAAUUGCCAGACGCACUCCUUGUUCAAAUUCUCUCUCUUUUGCCGACAAAGGAUGCAUUCACAACAUGCCUUCUCUCUAAAAGGUGGCACUUUCUUUGGACUUUUGUUUAUAACUUAAUUUUCACUCAGGAAUCCUACAGAGUUUUUUAUGAACCGAAUUGUAGCCUGAAAAUUGAAAAGUUUGUAUCCUUUGUUAACCAUGUAUUAAAUGGUUUCGUUUCUUCCAAAAUAACAAAAUUUGAACUCGACGGCACACAACUUUUUAAUUAUACCUCUCAAAUUAAACGAUGGCUUAGUUUUGCUGUUGAAAGGGAAGUGAAACAUGCUGUAUUCUUGUCCUCCUACACACAUGCUUGUGUAUUGCCUGAAUCUUUUUGCAACUGUUCGUCGUUGAUAACAUUAUAUCUGAGACAGUGUUGCUUUAAUGAUGCGGUUAUAGUCUGGAAGUUUCUAAAGAGCCUAAAGCUGGAGAGUGUGAUCUUAAAAGAUGAUGAAAUUUUGAACUUACUAUCAGGUUGUCCUGCAUUGGAAACUAUGGAAUUAGAUGAUGUUGGGGGUUUUCAUUGCCUAAAAAUUAAUUCUUCAAAAUUCAAGAGAUUGAAUUUGAAAAAUCAUAGGUUGCCUCAUGAUAUCAGUGAUCGCUCCUUGGAGAUUUAUGCCCCGUAUCUGGAGCAUUUGGAAAUUUCAGGAGAUCUUGGGGAUCUUCAGUGUAGGCUUGUUGACGUGUCCUCCUUGGUUAAUGCUAAGGUUACUUUCUACAUUUCAUGUAUCAAACACAUCCGACAUGAACGUAAGGAGUUUAUUAGUGUUGAUGACUACAGCUGUCAUGACUAUCAUCAAAGUUUUAGCGUUCUCGCCCGAGAUUAUCUUCAAAAGUUGAGUUGUGCAACUGAGCUAACGAUCGGAUCUUGGUUCACAGAGGUCCCAUGCAUGUUGCAGUUCAAUGGAUUGCUGGUUCCAGAGUUGAAAUGCAAAUAUCUAACACUAGAAUUGUGUAUAGAAAACUUUGAUUUGAAUGGAGUUGCUGGACUUUUGGGAGCCUUUCCUCAUGUGGAGACUUUAAACAUAUACAUGACAGAAAAUCUCCUUGAUAAUUACUUUUGCGACUUUGAGGAAAACAAUACCGAUUUGCAGAGUUGGAUUUCAAGCAUUGUGUUUCCCAACCUCAAGAAUAUUACGAUUGUCAACUCUAUCCUGGUGUGUUUAAACAGGCAAAAAAGAAAACAGGGCUUUCGCAGACUUGUUAAACUUUCACAACUUCUGUUAAAGAAUGCAACGAUUUUGAAGAAGUUUCUUGUCAUAUCAAAGAGCAGAAUGUGCAAGAAAUGUAAGAAAUGUUUAACAAACUGUUGGUGCAAUUUUUUCUCUGGAUUGUUUGACAAGUUGUAUCCCUCAAGAUCCUCCACCAAUGCCAAAUUUAUCUUGCAGGCUCAAGUUUUCCGGGACUAGACUACAAAUUGAUUAGCUUCAGCAAUCAUGAUUAAUUACUCUUCUUUUGAAUUUGCCUUUAUGGUAUACCAAAUGUUAUGAUAGUUUUGUUUCUCGUGAAAUUGUUGUUCGUUGCAUUUUAGAUAUUGUGCAUGUUGAGAUUUACUUGCAACUCUUGUUUGUUGGACCUAUAAACAUGUGUAAAUCUGCAAACCAUCUUUUUAAUGAUAAUUAGCAUAUUA